UUGAGCAACUUUCAUAGCAAUGAACGUGGCGCCAUCUUUGACACCGUGUAGUUCUGAUUAUGCGUUCAUGAUAUCACGUGAUAAAAGAUUGACAGAUGUAAUGUAGCAUUGACAGGGGGAGUGGCGAUACAAAGUUCCGUCUCCGUACCUAAAAAAACUGCGAUACAGGGUACUAGGAGUAGUAGGAGCGAUAUACUCAAUAUGGCUCAAUAUACUCGCGUCUCGGGGUUUGUUGGCUUAAUUACCCUCCAGAAUCCGCCUGUUAACGCACUCAGUGCGGUGGUGAGACAGGGGAUUGUUGACAAGGUGAAGACUGCUCUCAGUGACCCAAAGGUGAAGUCUGUGGUCAUCUGUGGCCACAAUGGAAACUUCUGUGGAGGGGCAGACAUCAAGGAGUUUGGGGGUGAAAUGACUGGACCGCCACUGAUACCGAUGAUCCACGCCAUCGAGGCCGCCAACAAGCCGAUGGUGGCGGCCAUAGAGGGGAACACUUUAGGCGGAGGCCUCGAGCUGGCACUUGGUUGCCAUUAUCGAAUCGCACAUUCUAAAGCCAGACUGGGUCUUCCAGAGGUGACUCUGGGUCUGCUGCCAGCUGCAGGAGGCAGCCAGAGGUUGCCGAGGCUCAUCGGGGUCCCAGAUGCGUUAGACCUCAUCACCACAGGACGCCAUGUAACGGCCGCCGAGGCCCUGCAACUCGGCAUUGUGGACCAGGUGACUGAUUCCAACACAGUCGACGCAGCUGUGAAGUUUGCCCUGAGUGUUGCAGGUCAGUCACUGGAGGCCCGCCGUAUAAGUACAUUUCCGUGUCCACGCCCGCCUGAUUCGGAUGUUUUUUUCGAGGAGGCGAUGCAGAAGGUGCGUCGCGCCGCCCGCGGAGCGAUGGCGCCCGUUGCGUGUGUGCAGGCGGUGCGGGCGGCCGCCACCCUGCCGUACGCGCAGGGCAUGGAGCGUGAGCGGGAGCUGAUGGCCACUCUCUUCACCUCAGGCCAGGCCCGUGCCCUGCAGUACAUUUUCUUUGCUCAGAGAGCCGCGGGCAGGUGGAGUAUGUCCCGUGGAGCCAGCUGGGACACGAGCAAGCCCCGGCCCGUGAAAAAAGCGGCUGUCAUUGGUCUCGGCACCAUGGGGAGAGGCAUAACGGUGGUCCUGGCUCAGACGGGGCUGUCCGUGGUUGCCGUUGAGACCCAGGAGAAGCAGUUGAUGGAGGCCAAGCAGGCGGUGACUAGCAUGCUGGAGCGAGGAGCCAAGAGACGCGGGGCGGCUCCCGCGCUCGACCGGAUCAGUUACAGCCAGAACAUCCAGGCCGUGGCGGACGUCGACCUGGUCAUCGAGGCUGUGUUCGAGGACAUGGCCCUGAAGUUGGACGUAUUCCGGCAGCUGUCUGCUUUUUGCAAACCAGGAACUCUCCUGUGCACCAACACCUCGGCGCUAGACGUGGACGAGCUGGCCCGCGGAACCCCCAAUCCGGAGCUGGUGGUCGGGAUGCACUUCUUCGCGCCCGCCCACGUCAUGAAGCUCCUCGAGGUGGUGUAUGGCAAACGGUCCUCUCCUCAAGCUGUGGCCACUGCCAUGCAGCUGGGAAAGAAAAUGGGCAAAGCCAGCGUGGCGGUGGGCAACUGCCGGGGCUUUGUGGGGAACCGCAUGCUGAGGCCGUACGUCGAACAGGCUUUCUUCCUGCUGGAGGAGGGCGCCACGCCCGAGUUGGUAGAUGGCGCGCUGGAGGAGUUUGGGUUUCCCAUGGGUGUGUUCAGAAUGUCCGACCUCUCCGGGCUGGACGUGGGCUGGAAGACCAGGAAGGCGGCCGGGCAAGCGCAGCCCGGGGGGGCAUCGGGGCAGGCGGCUAGAAUCUGGAAUGGCUCCAGGUACAGCCCCAUUGGAGACCUGGUCUGCGAGCAAGGACGGUUCGGCCAAAAAACUGGUCGGGGCUGGUACCGGUAUGACAAACCCGGCAGUCGGGUGGCCAGGUCCGACCCGUGGCUGCACGGCUUUCUGGAGCAGUACCGAGCCCGGCACGGCCUGGUGGCACGCAGCAUAGACCCCCGGGAGGUGCUGGAGCGCUGCCUCUACGCCCUCAUCAAUGAGGGCUUCCGCAUCCUGGAGGACGGAAUCGCUGCCGGACCCGAAGACAUCGAUGUCAUCUAUGUGUUUGGCUACGGCUGGCCCGGCCACCGCGGAGGUCCCAUGUUCUACGCCAGCACGGUGGGGCUGGCGAGGGUCCUGGAGAGGCUGGAGCACUACCACCAGGCUCACCCCGAUGUGCCCGACCUGCGGCCCUGCGGCCUCCUGCGGCGGCUGGUGGCCAGCGGCAGCCCACCUGUCCACAGGUGGAGGGAAGUCAUCAAGAAACUCCACAGCCAGCUCUAAAUCUCAAACGUCUCCGCUUUAAUCUCUUAUGCUGUGAUAAGCAGUCAAUGAAAUACAAUUAUAUUGUGCUUUACGAUAAAGCUGACAUUCUUCUAUAUAAUGUGAUUAUGGAUGCAAUAUUCUUGUCUAGACGCACCGUGCAAUAUACGUGAACAUGAAAAGCUACAGUGAUUGGAUGUAUUGCAUUAUUUUGUAGUGAAUUAGAUUAUGCCGCUGUAUCCAAACUGGUGAAUCAAUGUGUUGCAGAAUAAAUAAACUAUACUGAAAUACAAUGAUGUUUUGAAAUUGAAUCAGAUGUAAUAAAUGUUUGUACUCUUAAUGUAUGAAAUAUGUCAUAAUAAUCGACCCUCUGAUGCCUUAAUAAACGCCUGUUAGGGCUUCAUGUAUCUUCUGCCCCAUUGGUGUGA